CUGCCCUAAGAAAAUAACAACACUUGAUGACAAUUUCUUUUUAUUUUUAUCUUCUCUUCUCAAAAAACCCACCUUUCUUUCACUUUCAUAGCCCCAACCUAUUCAUUAAUUUUUCAUCUUUUCAUUAAUUAUUAUCAUUAUUAUUAUUUAUUAUUAUUAAUACGGGGUAUAAUUUCAUCAAAAACAGUGCACUGCUCCUCUUUUAUUUUAAGCCUUCUUCUUCCUUACACUUCUCUGCCUUUUCCAUUUACAUCUUUCUAAGGAACAUCCUCUGUUUUUUUUCCCUAACGUCUUUAACUAAUAUACUGUCUGAAUUCUCCUUUCUCUAUUGAGUUACUGAUAUUUUCCAAUUUUAUUUCCUCAAAAUGUUAUCUUUUUAGCUUUUUCUGGGUUUCCCCCCUUCUAAAUUAACACUAAAAACAGAGGUAAGAAUAUAUAUUCCAGUUGAUUUAAAAUCAAUAAAAUUCCUGUGUUUUAGUAAGAAGAAACAUGAAGAAGAAUUUGAGAAAGUUAUGUCUUGUAAUUUUCUCUCUCCUAAUCCUUUUGCUGAAAGGUGGGUGGAGCAAUGGAGAAGAAACAGGGGAUGAAGUAGCAAGAAUGGAGAAAACAGAGAAAGAAGCGCUUUUCUCUGCAAUUCAAGGUUUUGUGGGUAAUUCAUGGAAUGGUUCAGAUCUCUUUCCUGAUCCUUGUGGCUGGACUCCCAUUCAGGGAGUUUCAUGUGAUCUCAUAAAUGAAUUUUGGUAUGUUACUGAUCUGAGUAUUGGACCUCUUCAUGACAACUCCCUGACAUGUAGCGAAAACUCCGAAUUCAGCCCAAAAAUAUUUGAGCUUAAGUAUCUAAAAUCUCUAUCUUUUAUCGGUUGCUACAUUUCUCCACAUAAUUUAGUCACCUUACCAACUAAUAACAACUGGGAGAAGUUAGCUGCAAGGUUAGAAUCCUUAGAAUUCCGCUCCAACCCUAGCCUUAUUGGACCUAUGCCUACUGUUUUUGGUAAUCUCCAACACCUUCAAUCCUUGGUGCUGAUAGAAAAUGGAAUUUCUGGAACAUUGCCACCAAAUAUUGGCAACUUGGUGCACUUGAAGAGACUAGUUCUUUCUGGGAACAGAUUUUCAGGUCGAAUUCCGGAGACUCUUGGUAAUCUGAAGGAGCUUUUGAUCCUUGAUAUGAGCAGGAAUUCAUUAUCUGGACACCUCCCUACCUCAAUUGGGUACCUAAUUUCACUCUUAAAACUUGAUUUGAGCAACAAUAUGUUGGUGGGUAAUAUCCCAAGUGAUGUUGGCAACAUGAAAUAUUUAACACUAUUGGAUAUUAGAGGCAACAGUAUUACUGGUGGGUUGACAACAUCAAUUGAAGAUAUGGAGUCAUUACAAGAAUUGGUGUUAUCUAAUAAUCCAAUAGGGGGUGACAUUAGUAGAAUUGAUUGGCAAAAGUUGCAAAAUUUAAUGAUUUUGGACCUCUCAAAUCUGGGUUUGUCAGGUGAAUUUCCAAAGUCUAUGAUAAAGUUGAAGAAGCUGAGAUAUGUGGGCCUUGCUAACAACAACCUUACAGGUUAUCUGCCAUCAGCAAUUGCAAAUAUGUCUGCUGUAGGUGCAAUUUAUGUUAAUGGGAAUAAUCUGACAGGGGAGCUCAAGUUUUCUGAGGUCUUUUAUAGAAGAUUAGGGAGGAGAUUCGGGGCUUGGAAUAAUCCGAAUCUUUGUUACGUGGGUGAGCUAAUGUCGACCAGGCAUAGUCCGAUUGGUGUUGAACCUUGCAAGUCUGAGGAGGUCUUGGUAAAAACAAGUUUGAAAUAUGGUAACACAUUACAACAUCAUUCAGCUUGGAAAACAAAGUCUAACAGCCUAAAUCCGGAUCAUAUAUCCAAUUUGGUGAUUUCAAGCUGUGGAAUUUAUGGGUUUUGGUGGGGUUUUCUGGUAGAGGCUUUUAUAAUGAUUUUGAUAUGGAAUUAUUAGUGUAAUGUAGCAAUAUUACAUGCUCAAGAGAGAAUUGUAAAAGUAUGCCUUCUUAUAAUCCCUAUCAUGUCAUUAAUGAUGAAGCAAACAUUUAUUCUCUUGCUA